AUGUUUCUGUUCCUGAAGUCAUCCCUUCAUCCCCGCUUGCAGCUUGAGGCAGCCUGGGCUCUGACCAACAUUGCCUCGGGGACUUCAGAGCUGACAGGCGCCGUUGUGGAUGGAGGGGCCAUCCAGCCCUUGGUUGAACUCCUGUCUUCCACUCAUAUGACUGUGUGUGAACAGGCAGUGUGGGCCCUUGGUAAUAUAGCUGAUGAUGGACCAGAAUUCAGAGACAACGUUAUCUCGAGUGAUGCCAUUCCACAUCUGCUGACCCUGGUUUCAUCAAGUAUACCAGUCACAUUCCUGUGCAACAUCGCGUGGACCUUGUCCAACCUGUGCCGGAACAAGAACCCGUACCCUUCUGAUCACACAGUGAAGCAGAUGUUGCCCGUCCUCUUCCAACCCCUAUGGCACCCAGACGGAGAGGUUCUCUCGGACAGCUGCUGGGCCCUGUCCUACCACACCAACGGCUGCGAUGCACACAUCAGCCAAGUGGUGGACACAGGGGUCCUGCCCAGGCUGGUCGAGCUCAUGAGAAGCUCAGAACUCAAUGUCUUGACGCCCUCUCUGAGCAUUGUGGGGAACAUUGUCAUGGGGACGGACCACCAGACCCAGCUGGCUCUGGACACGGCCAUCCUGGCUGUGCGGCCCCAGCUCCUCCCACACCCUCGCUCCUCCAUCCAGAAGGAGGCAGCCUGGGCCCUAAGCGAUGCAGCCGCGGGGCACCGCCAGCACAUCCAGCAGCUGAUCGCUUGCGGUGCGCUGCCUCCCUUGGUGGCUGUUCUAGAAAACGGAGAAUUUAAAGCCCAGUAAGAGGCUGUCUGGACAGUGGCUAACUUCACAACUGGGGGCACCGUAGACCAGUUGAUCCAGCUUGUCCAGGCUGGAGUAUUGGAGCCUCUAAUAAAUCUUCUCACCAUCCCAGACACCAAAAUUGUUAUCACCCUCCUCAACGUCCUUUUUAUCCUCCAGGAAGAAGAAACUGGCACAACCUUACCAGCUCGGGACCAAGAUCGUGAAUUCUUAAAGCACUUAACUAACACAUACCAAAGCUCCACAACUCCUAAACCAGGGACCACCCAAAGAGUCACUUCUUUAAGAACCCCUUCCCCUUGGUGUACCACAGGUAUAAAGCUUUUAAAACUGAAUGAUAAUAAAAUUUUCCACACUUUCACCUCCAUCUAA